CAGCGAUACAUUUAUUUUCAGAUUGUGACAAAUGAAGUUGAAGCGGUUUCUGCUGCGUUAUUAUCCUCCUGGAAUAAUUCUGGAGUACAAUCACAAAUCAGACGGCAAUGACGACCAGAAAACGAGGACAAAAUCAAUCGAUCUGAUCGACCUCACGCCGAACACUGACGUAGACCAGGUUGUGAUGGAAAUCAUCCAGAAGGAACCUCUAAUCUCGCCCUCGAGGAGCGACCAGAUUCGGAACUUAGUCGAAAGAUUGCAAGACAAGUUAGCACAAUCGGUUAAUCAGGAAUAUCAUUUGUUCAAGGUGCUCCGUGCACACAUACUGCCACUGACUAAUUUCGCUUUCAAUAAAUCGGGCAACCGUUUCAUCACAGGCAGCUACGAUCGUACUUGUAAAGUGUGGGACACAGAUUCGGGUGAGGAACUGCAUACAUUAGAAGGCCAUAGAAAUGUAGUUUACUCGGUCGCUUUCAACUUGCCUUACGGAGACAAAAUUGCGACUGGCUCCUUCGAUAAAACGUGUAAGCUGUGGAGUCUAGAAACGGGUAAGUGCUAUUACACAUACAAAGGUCACACGGCAGAAAUUGUUUGUGUCAAGUUUGAUCCCUUAAGUCGAGUCAUUGCCUCGGGAAGCAUGGACACGACUGUAAAACUGUGGGACGUCCAGGACGGGUAUGAGAUUACUACAUUCUCAGGUCAUUCAGCCGAAGUCAUUGACGUUCAGUUCAAUUCUACAGGAGAAAAAUUGAUAUCAGGAUCAUUUGAUAACACCGUCUCUUUGUGGGAUAUUAAAGGUGACAGGCGUGAACACUAUUUCAUAGGGCACAGAGGCGAAGUUUCCAGCGUCUGUUUCAAUUUCGACGGAAGUUUAGUUGCGAGUGGAAGUAUGGAUAAAAGUUGCAAACUCUGGGACCCAAGAGUGGGAAAGUGCGUGAAUACUCUUCUUGGUCACGAAGACGAAAUAUUAGACGUUUGUUUCGAUAGUACAGGACAGUACCUUGCCACAGCGUCUGCGGAUUCGACCGCUAGAGUAUACAACGUGAAAACCAUGCAAAUGAUCACAAAGCUUGAAGGUCAUGAAGGUGAGAUAUCAAAGCUGCAAUUCAACCCGCAAGGAACCAGAAUUUUGACUGCCAGCUCUGACAAAACUUGUCGGCUCUGGGAUCCGUUUUCGGGAAAGUGUGAGAAGGUUCUAGAAGGACACACUGACGAAAUUUUCAGCUGCGCCUUCAAUUACGAAGGAAAUAUAAUAAUUACUGGAAGUAAGGAUAAUACCUGCCGCAUAUGGAAGUGAAUGUAUGUUCAUCAAAGUCUGAAAUCAGCUUGAAUUUGGUACUAUAAAUUAUGUAAUCAUCGCUCUUGAUAAAUUUCACACUCAAAGUUGAAAGGUAGUUUCAAUUCAGUUUUAGUUAUAAUUUGCUGACCUUUACUAAAUAACUUGCCGCUUUUAUGUACUUAUGUAUCAUUUUGUAAAUAAUUAUAAAGCUCCGAAUUGUUUAUUGCAUAAUACAUCUUUUGAUUCUUCGA